AUGUACAUGACAUUCCCUGUCCUGAUGUCUUAUAGCAUCUCUCUAUUCAACUCCAUGAAUAGUCGACCCUUGCUGCAUACUGACUUAACUGUUCCCCUGGUGUCCUGUUUCUUGACUUCACUCUCUUCCCUCUCUUCUCUCUCUUCCCUCUCUUCCCUCACUUCCCUCUCUUCCCUCACUUCCCUCUCUUCCCUCUCUUCCCUCUGUUACCUCUCUUACCUCUCUUCCCUCUCUUCCCACUCUUCCCUCUCUUCCCUCUCUUUCCUCUCUUCACUCUCUUCCCUCUCUUCCCGCUCUUCUCUCUCUUCCCACUCUUCCUGCUCUUCCCUCUCUUCCCUCUCUUCCCUCUCCGCCCUCUAUUCUCUCUCUUCCCUCUCUUCCCUCUCUGCCCUGUCUUCCCUCUUCCCACUCUUCCCUCUCUUCCCUCUCUUUCCUCUCUUCACUCUCUUCCCUCUCUUCCCUCUCUUCCCGCUCUUCCUGCUCUUCCCUCUCUUCCCUCUCUUCCCUCUCUUCGAGCCCUUCGUCCAGACGCCCUCAUGCACUGACAUCCUCUCAGAAGCUGCUGGUCACGCAACCACAGCAGCAGAAGAAGCAGGCCCGUCUUCUUCCCGUCUUCUUCUUUCUGCGUCGAUUCCCGAUAAUGCAAAUCAGCAAAGCUUCAUGUCAUCUGUCCUCCAGCACCACCAGCAGGUGAGGCAGCAGCUGCAGGAGACGUGGGCGCAGCAGCAUGAGGCACUCGAACCAGCAAGGCAGCAGCAUGCCGUGGGGGGGGCACACGUCUCUGCCACUGCCACCACUCCCACCAACACACCCAGCACCCGCGUUUGGCCACCACAGGGGCCUCACACUCUGCCACCAUCGCCACCAGCGUCAGCCGCUCCGCCAAUCACGCGAGACCAGCUGCUCGUUUGGGAGAGCCUGGGGACCACCAAUGACGAGCGAAUCAGGGCGUGCCAGGUGGCAGUGGCGCGGGCGCUGUGCACCGCAGUGAAGGAGAACUGCUUGGCCGGGCCGACCGGUGGCGCCACCAAUGCCAGCAACAGUGCUGGCACUGAUACCAGCAGCAGCAGCAGCAGCAGCAGCAGCAGCAAGCAGGGGAGCAGCAUGGGCAGUGGCGGUGGGUCGCUGCUGUGGUCCUCGCCGGCCAAGAGCCUCUCCCUCGCCUCUCGCAGUCGCCUCGUCGCUUUCCUCUGCACACUCUUUGGCGGCCCUGUGGCCAACAACCCACUCUGCAAUUUCACCCAACCUUCCUCUGGGCGGCAGUUGAAGGGUCAGACAGAGCUUGUGGAUUACAUUCGAGCGACACACCGCACGUACGGGGCUCACAGGGGGGUCUGA